AUGCCAAAAUGGAAGAAUUCCUCCAAAGUCAAAGAACAAGAUAUGGCCGUGAAGAGAAAUGUAAACACGGUUAGUCAGUCACCAAGACUAAAUACACAGAAGACGAUUGGUCCUGGAGAGAAAGGGUACACUUGUAAGGACUGUGGCACCGUCUUUCAUUGGAGCUCAACACUAUCUCAACCUCAGCGAGCGCGUGCUGGAGAGAAACCAUACACAUGUGAAGAAUGUGGUAAAACCUUCAGGCACUCUUACCUCACUAGACAUCACAGCAUCCACACUGGAGAGAAACCUUAUCAAUGUAAGGAAUGUGGCAAGGCCUUUAGUCAAAACUCAGGCCUUACUCGACACCUCAGAAUUCAUACUGGAGAGAAACCUUACAAAUGUCAAGAAUGUGGCAAGGCCUUUAAAGAGCACUACGACCUUACUGAACAUCUCAGAAUUCAUACUGGAGAGAAACCUUACAGAUGUCAAGAAUGUAGCAAGGCCUUUAGCCAACACGCAAACCUUACUCGACACCUCAGAAUUCAUACUGGAGAGAAAACUUACAAGUGUCAAGAAUGUGGCAAGGCCUUUAAUGGGCACUCACACCUUACUCAGCAUCACAGAAUUCAUACUGGAGAGAAACCUUACAAAUGUCAAGAAUGUGGUAAGGCCUUUAAUCAUUCCUACUUUACUCAACAUUGCAGAAUUCAUACUGGAGAGAAACCUUAUAAAUGUAAAGAAUGUGGCAAGGCCUUUAACCAGCACUCAAACCUUACUCAACAUCUCCGAAUUCAUACUGGAGAGAAACUUUAUGAAUGUAAAGAAUGUGGCAAGGUCUUUCACCACCACUCACUCCUUGCCAAACAUCAAAGAAUUCAUACAAGAGAGAAACCUUGA